GCCCUUUUAUGUCCCAGCCCGUCCGCCAAAACCACCCUGUCGCACGACAUCUGCAAAUGUUGGACGCCAAGAUGGGCGUUGUGGCCAACGCAACAAAAUUGACCAAGUUUCAGGUCCUAAUCGCUUUGCUGUACCCGAUAGUGAUUCUUGUUGGCCAAUUGGUCUGGCUUGCUUCGCCUCAGGAAACGACGCACAAUUACUUCACCUCGAAAAAAAACAUCUUCAACGUCCUUUUCGUUAAAAAGGGAUGGCUCUGGACGUCUGUCGUGUACCUUCUGCUGCUGCUCAGAGUGCCCAGCACGUCGCGCUAUUUUAGUGCAGACUCGCUGGCGGAUUCUUUGAAACAGUUUGCAUGUGUGACUCUGUGCUGGUACUUCUACACACAAUGGUUUUUUGGCCUGCCUAUCAUGGAUAAGAUCUUUGUUCUCACCGGCGGCUCGUGCGAUAACAUCCCGCAAUCUCGUGCCACUGACCCGCUAAAGUUCAAACUGAUGGACGCCUCCAACCUUGACCUGUAUUAUUCUAGCUCUCUGACAUCAUCGCAGUGCCGUGCCAUCAAGGGUAGGUGGACCGGCGGCCACGAUCCGUCUGGACACAUGUUCAUUUUGUCCCUGAGCUCUAUGUUUCUGAUUCUCGAGUGUGCCCGGUUCUACACGCUUGACGACCUGGCCACCGAGAUACGCAAUUUCAAAAAUGAAUGGCGAGCGUUCUGGCGCACUAGAGAUACUGCAAGCCUCCGCCGCUUGCUCAAGGACUAUCCCUUGGUGUUUAUCUCGCUUCUGCUGUGGCUCUGGUUCUGGAUGAUUUUCGUCACCUCUGCCUCAUCUUCAGUUACCUGA